AUGACUAUAUUGGUAAAUUAUUUAUAUACCAAAAUAUUCGAGAUCAUUUUAAAUUUUAUUUACAUAACCAAAGAAACUAAAGAAGAGUUAUUAUCAGUUCCAAGAUAUAUAUAUAAUAACCAAGAAGUUCUCCAAUACAGUUUAGUAAAUAAAUUUUGUUUUAAUAGUAUUUCAAAUAUAUUAGAAAAAAAUAUAUUAAGGUUCAAAAAUUAUGAAGCUUUAAAAUCCUUAAUUAAGGAUUCAAAAUUUAGUUUAAUAAAAUUAAAAAACUCAGUUAUAGUUUUCAGAACAAUGGGUGAAUAUAAAGAAUUUAUUGCAAAUAACGAUAUCAGAAGUUUUAGAAAAGUUUUACUUCAUAGCAGUGAAAGAACAUUAAGAUCUAUAUUGUCAUCAAAUGAAAAGUUCCCAGAGAAUGUUCAUAUCAUUUUGUUUUUAACAAUCCUCCCAAAUUCAAUAGAUUAUCACGAAGAGACUUUAAGUAGUGAAAAUUUAAAAGAAAUUAAAAGUAAAAUAAAUAUAAACACUCUGUAUGUAUUUGGUUUAAAUAAUAGCACCGACCUUUUACUAGAAAGGAUCUCAAAGUUAAAUGCAAAAUCAAUUAUUUUAAAUUCAUAUAAAACAUCAAUGACCCCCAGCACAUACCCAAAUCUAUCCGUUUUAAUGAAGAAUCCAUGUAUUAGAAGUAUAGAUUUAGAGUCAUGGAUCCUGCAACCUAACAAAGUAUUAGAUAUCAACGACAGCUCACUAAAAUCACUCUCUUUAGGGUACGACCUUCACUAUAAAGAUCUUUAUAACCAGGGAACCAACAUCGAUACUAUCUUCAUCAGAUUGAUAAGUAGUUGGGAUGUAGUCGAAAGCUCUUUAUGCUCCUAUAAAAAAAUUCAAAGAUUCAAAAUAAAAGGUGAUAUUUUUAAAAGCAACCUCAAUGCUGAACAAGUUUUGAAAUUUGGGCACUACAAUUGCAAAAGAAUAAAUUCGAUUUUAACAAAUAAAACAAUUAAUAUCGAGAUAUUAUUAUUAAACCAGUUUGAAGAGACCAAUAGCAAUUUGUUCAUCGAUGGUCUAUUAAGGAAUAAAACAAUUAAAAAAUUAGAAUUCUUCGUUUCAAAUCCAAACCAAAUCAUCCAAAAGGUUUUACCAUUUAACAAAACAAUUAGAAAUAUAUUUAUUACACAGGGGGACAAUUUAGAAGAGAUUAUUAGUUUUUUAAAAACAUUAGCAUUUACAAAAAAUAUAGAAUUGUUUUCAGUUUCAAUUUACCUCAAUACAAAUGUAAAGAAAGAUUUAAAGAAAAUAUUCAAUUGUUUAAUUAGCAACUCAUUCUUUUACCAAAGCAUUAACGAGUUUAACUUUUAUGUCAAAAUUCAGUUCCAAAAAUACCACUCCUCUUUUAAAUCGCAAGUAAUAUUAAAUAACCCCAAAACUAUAUUUAAUUUUUAUUUUUAUAAAUAA